AUGUCCACAAAAACUCCCCACCGCCCACAAAAACACUCCAGCGUAUACGAAAACAACACGCCACCCACAAAACAAAGCCCAGCGCCCACGUACACCUCCAACGGACGCGAAACAACACCCCGCGGACACGAAACAGCGCCCACGUACACCGCCAGCGCCCACGAAACGACGCCCAGCGCCCAUGCCAACGCCCACAAUGCAAUGCCCAGCGGGCACGACGCCAACAAGGACGACAAGACGCCAGGACAACGACACGUGAAAACGAUGACACGACGCGAUGACGCGUCGACAAUGCGCGCCAACGAGACCACUCCCUCCCCCUCCCCUGCUGCUCACCACUCCUUCCUCUCCCUACUGCUCACCCACUACCCACCAUCCCCUUCCCCCUCCCUUACUCCCCCUCCUUUCCUGCUCACCACUCCCUCCCUCUCCUUACCCCCUUCAUUCCCUACCCCCUCCCUUCAUUCCCUACCCCCUUCAUUCCCUACCCCCUGUCUUCAUUCCCUCAUUCCCUACCUCCCCUCUCCCUCACUGCCCCUCCCUUCAGUUCUUCCCCCCCCUCUAGUUCUUCAUUCCCCCCACUCCCCAGCACCCCUACCCCUCCACUCCUUCCUCCCCAGCACCCCUACCCCUCCACUCCUUCCCCCUCACUCCUCCACUCCCUCCACUUUUCCCUCCCUCCACUCCUCCCCCUGCCUCCACUCCUCCCCCUCCCACUAUCUAGAUUCAAUGUAG